UGACCUGCUGGGUCUGACGUCUUCCAGUCUUCACGAGCAGUCCACACUUUCACAAUGUGGAGUCAAGGUGUGUGUUUAUUUCUGACCGUGGUUUGUGUCUCCGGACAAGCUGAUCUAAGUAACAGUUUCACAUUGGACCAACAACCAUUGAAUGAAACAGCAUUGUUUGUGGCUGACGCUCUCUACAAGCAUCCCAAAUUGUUCCGAAAGUUGAUUAACAUCAGCUCUGAAAUUGGGCCAUUCAUGUCAUUGACCGAUGACCCGAAAAUAUCAAUCCUAUUCGAUCAAGUCCUUGAUGCUCUUCCUGCGUUGCUGCGGUCACCCUACUUCAUCAACGCCGUACGCGUCGUCGCAGAUGAGCUGCACAGCGUCAACAUUACCGACGUGUACGACUAUCUCCAGAUGAACCAUUAUACCCCAGACGACAUCGCAGCUAAACGGAUGGUGAAUGAUGCUAUCUUUGAUAGGCUGGACAAGAUGAGGACGCUUCAAAGACUCCUCACUCUUGGUAGUGCCCGGGACAUCCUCCCCCUCAGCGUCAACGACAGUAUCACGCCAGGAUGCUACAGCGACAUGAUGAACUUCGUCGACGCAGUUGCCGGUAUACAGAUUCCACCAAGGAAGGACUUGAAUUACAUCAAGACACCAUGGGCACUGAGAAUGCUGGACUCCUACGGCAAGCCGCCUAGUGGUAUUUACGAGGGAAAUGUACACUGGCUGGGCGAACCGAAGGAAUGUCGGAGCAUACACGCGCAGUUGGCUCCUGGAGUUAUCCUUGGUAACAAAACGCUAACCUCCCCUAUCGACUUCAAAGGAAAGUACUGCCGGGCUGUGUUUCAUCAUAUGCCUUGGGUUGCGGACAUCUCUCAAAUGGAUGACACAGUGACGUGGGGCGUGUGUGUCCCCGAUACGUGUAGCGAGCAGGACGUGGAAGAAAUGUUCCAAUUAGGUUUCAUGAAGAAUUUCCAGACGACUCCCGAUAAUGUCUCAUGUUCAGACAUCCAGGAACCUACUGGUCAUGUGCCCGUCACGCCCCGGACUCCCCCCACCGGUCCCCCCACCACUACAUUUUCCAAGCGUCCCAGUGUUGCAGCGAACUCCCUUUUCACAUCGUGUUCCGACUGCAAAGAUCGAAUCAAGCCAGACGAAUGGAUGAACUGUUUCUUCUCCAGUUUUGACACCGACAAAAAUGGCAACAUCAGCAAGCGUGAAUGGUGGUCCGAGAGCCACAAGCUGGGGCUGGACACGACUGACCAGGGCCAGAUAGCGCGAGCCUUCAUCGAGCUGGACAUCAACAAGGACCUCCAGAUAGACGCACCUGACCUCAAGUAUCUCUUUGCCUUCUUUGACGACAACGGAGAUGGGUUUGUCAACCUCCAGGAGUUCAGCUACAACUGGCAGUCUGUCGUCUCGUAGACUUCAAUCACAUCACCUGUCAAGAUACCACACUGUUAAUAAACGCCGUUUAACGCUUGUAA